AUGCUCUGGCGAAAAAGUAGAAAAGGUAGUUCAGUCGAGAAAUCCAACUACAGAGUUAUCGACUUAGUGUCGGAAGCGCAAUGGGUUACUACAACUGACAGAAAAGCAGCUGAAAUCCUUUUACUCCGAGAAUAUUAUCGCGAAGGAAUCCUUCAGCUGCAAAGUCGGGUAGUACAUCGUCUCAAAGUAACACAGUGCGAAGACGGAAUCUACCGCAGGGAUUUACGAAUGACGCAUGCAGUGCUCGAGGAUUCUGCGAAGACCCCGAUCCUACUUCUGCCAAAACAUCAGCUUACGAAGAUAGCUAACUCGAUAGUACAGAAGUGCACGAUUUGCCGGCGACAACAAAGAAGACCAUUCUCAUACCCCAAACCACCGGAUCUACCAAGCCAGAGAAAGUUCAUCACACCUCUUCCGCCCUUGAAAGGUGGCUUCUACGAAAGGCUCGUGGAGUCAGUGAAGCUGGCUCUAAAGAAGACCCUUCACAGACAAACGACAGUCCUAUGGCCGUUACAGACAAUUAUUUCAGAAACAGAAUCUACUCUGAUCACACGGCCAAUUACUCCAGUGGUAACCAACACUACAGAUAGUGCAUUUGUACUACGACCAAUUGACCUUAUUAACCCUUAUUUCACUCCCAUCAGUACAGAUGCAUUUAAUACAAGCGGUCUGCUGAGCAAUUCGGAUUCGCAUGAGAUCAACAUCUCGUAUAUACUACUACAAGACACACUAAACAGAUUUUGGGAUCAGUGGCAAAAAGAAUAUCUUCAAGCCCUUGCUGAGCGUAAUCAAAAAAGGAAUACUCCGAGACAAAGUGCAAAAAGUUGUCCAAAAACUGGCGACGUUGUACUCAUAAAACAAAAAAUACUCAGAGAUCACAUUGGCCUCUUGGCCUCAUAG